AUGAUCGCCUUGGUACUGUGCGCCCUCUUCGCCGCGGCGGCCGCGGCCCCGCAUUUCGACUACCCCAGGAGAGAGUUCAUGCCUCACCUUCACAUACAAGCCCGCCCCUACAUGAGCGGCGAUAUCUUCGACACAUCGCGGUUCUGGGCCGACAUGUCCCGGGAAAUGAGGGAGUUCGAAGAUAUGAUGAGCGAGUUUACUCGCCGCUUCCCAACGAGCACGUCACAGGAAGGCUUCGAAGGUAACGAAUACAAAAUAACUAUUCCCUUGUCAGAGUUCGAAGAGAAAGACAUUGUUGUGAAAGCCCGUGAAGGAUUGUUGAUGGUGCAAGCGAUCCACAAUUACGCAGAGGGUAUGACCAAGAACUACUUGGAUGUGAGGACGCUGCCCAGCACUGUGAACGUAGCUGGUAACUGGGUGUUCGACAAGGGAGUGUUGAGGAUCACGUUCCCGGUGAAGAGUGGAUCAGAGUCACCAGCAACGCCUGUCCCGACUACAACGGAAAAAACGAUCUUUGAAACUGAACGCCCGACCUUCGGUGGAAGUCGGGAGGAGAUUGAGAGCAAUGCGAAUGUGGGCGUUCUGGACGCGGACGUUGGACUGGGUAGAGGAGACCGAGACAAGGUUACCGACCUGAAGACUAAUGAGAUCCCUCAAGGGAACACCGUCGAAGCCACCACAUAUGCCGUCGACUUGAAAGAUGAAGUAGAAUUCGUUCCAGUUAAGUACUAG